UUGACUGAGUCAUAUCGAUCAGCAUCGACUGCUCGGUCUGACGUUCAACUCGAGGGGCGGCAGUCCCCGGAACUGCCGCUAGGUGUCGUGGUUUUGCUGAAGUCUGAAGAGUUUUGAAACGCGGGUUCCGAAGGACCUGUCGUCCAGAUGUCGCCUCAUGUGACUCUGCUGAAGCGAUGAUGCUCCAGCGUGUAGAUGACCGAGGAGCAUCACGUGUGUCAUGCACACGAAUCAGAAGCUCUUUGAUGGGACUCGCUCUCCCGCCACGUGAUGAUUGGUGAAGAUGUUCUUUGAAAACAUGGUACAAAUAAAAACGUGACAAACGCAGCUGAGCGUGAGCAGCAAUGCCGCAGAGGCAAUCCUGUGUUCAGUUGCCGGUGUUGCGUUCGCGCUCCCUCCCACUUUGGAGCACUUCUCUCUUUUCCACCGCGCGCCACACAUGUGGAGGAGAAGCGCGCGCGCCCGCGUGUGAGUGAGUGUCGCGCCGCCAGAAGAUGAUCCUGCUGCCCGGUCUGCUGCUGGUUCUCUGGGGAGAACCGGGCCGGUGCCUGGAGGAGAAGGAGGAGGAGAACGGAGGCUUCACUUUCGAUGGAGACAUCCGCCACUUCGCCGCCGUCGCCGACGCGGUGUUCGUGGCGACAGAGGAGAGGCUGUACCAGCUGAGCCACGACCUGACUCUGAUCCAGAGUCUGACCCAGAGGGGGGUCUUGACCGCCGGGCAUCAAACCCACGAGGUGGUCUUUACGCGCGUCGCGGAGACGGAGGAGCGGAACGCAACUUUACGCGUGAACGUUCUGCUGCCGCUGGUCGCGGAUCAGUCUCUGAUCAGCUGCGGGGUGAUCGAGUGCGGCUACUGCGAGGUGCUGGACCUCAGGAACAUCUCCCACGUGCUCUAUCGGGAGCACAUCCUGGUGGGCUCCCCGUGGAGCAGCAGCGCGUCCGUCGGCUUCCUGGUGGAUGUGGAGCAGAGGAACACCGACUCCGAGACGUACAUCCUGACCGCCACCCAGCAGCACGAGCCCCCGAGGAGCAGCUGCUCCUUCGUCACGGAGGCGGUGAAGCUCCACAACUCCAACGAGGGUCAGGAAGGAUCUAUUUUCUCUUUAAUCGGAGACUUCACCACCUCUUCCAUCGAGCGGACCAAAGGCAGCGCCGAGUUCGUGGAUGGAUUUCAGAUCGAUUUCAACAUUUAUCUGUUCUCCAACCUGCCGGCCGGAGACAACAACAACAGAGUGCGUCUUAUUUGGCUCGAGGGUAAAACAAACAAAAAGGAAACCCUCAAGUCGCUGCGGGGCGCGACCCUGCGCGUGUCCGGCGGAGGCGCGCGCAGCAGACUCGUGGCCUCCGCGGUGGUCCCCGGCGGGCCGCCGGUGCUGUGGAGCGGCGUGUUCAGCGUGGACGGGGGGCGCACCGACACCCGGCUGCUGCUGUUCGACAUCAGUCCGGACCUCAGCGUGGCGGCGGACGCGGACCCGGACUUCUGCAGCAUGUGCCCCCCCGCGGCGGGUGUUCCGGGGGGACCGACUCUGACGUCCAAGGCCGUGCUCUUCAAGCAGAGCUUCAUGACCUCGGUGCUGGCCGUGAGGCAGAAGGCCUGGAUGGUUUUCUUCAUCGGGACGGGAGACGGGCAGCUCAUCAAGCUGGCUGUGGACCAGAACUACCGGGCGCUCUGCCCCAGGGUGCUCUACCGGGCCGAUGACGACCGCCAGGUGUUCCCCAGAAUGCUUCUGGACCAAGUGGAUCUGAAACACGUGUACCUGCCGCUACAGAACCAGAUGAAGCGCGUCCCCGUGUCCAGGUGCAGCUCCCACACGAGUGUGCAGGACUGCUGGUCAGCACAGGACCCGUACUGCGUGUGGUGUGGCUCCAGAAGAAGUUGCACGUUUGAAGUCGACUGCCAGGAUUCAGACUGGAUAUCCAUUCCUGAGGAUUCUCAACCCAAAAUGGUUUCCUACAAAGUCGUGAAGGACGGCGGCGGCCGGCUCGCACUCGUCAUCCAGACGCAUCUCACGGUGGGCCGGCAGGCUCGGGAGAACUUCGCCUGUCAGUUCUCCUCAAGUUCCAGUGAGCUGUGUAGCCUGCAAAGCCCUCCUGCGCAGUUCCCACAAUGCACCUGCGUCCUGUCGAAUGGAGCACUUCCUGCUGAAGGCCUGCCGGUCACCGUGACGUUGAGACUUGGGACGACAGAGUUGAGGGAACAGCUGAAGCUGUCCGGCUGCUCCAACAUCAGAGGACCGGCAACAUCUGUCCUCUGUCGGCGGUGCGUCGAGGCUGGAUGUGGCUGGAGCCAAGACGCCUGCUCCUGGGCAACGGGAGGACCGGAGGAUGACGACGUCUGCCAGAUGGAGUCGGGGAUGAACUUCUCCAGGCCGGAGAUCUCCUCCAUCGCUCCCAGCGUCGUGUCGUUCUACGGGAGGAACCACGCCGUGCUGUCGGGCUACAACCUCAGCGCCGUCACCGGCGUGAGGAUCCAGGCGGACACGGACUGCGCCCCGCGAGAGUCUCCUGUGUGGAACAACGUGGGAGUGGAACUCACGUUCCACAUUCCCAGCACGGAUAACAAGGGCACGGUCACCGUGUGCGUCCUCCUCCCAGACGGCAGCUGCCACGGCAACGCCACAAUCACCUACCGGUCGUCCCCGUCCUGCACCGGCGUUGUACCGAGCUGCAGCUGGAUCAGCGGGAAGAGGGAGGUCACGCUCAUGGGGUCCCACCUGGAGUUCAGUGAAGGGGUCGUGCACAGCCACGACCUGCAGGCCGUCAGAGCUCCCAGAACCAGAAACAGCCAGAAUCUCACCUAUGACACACCUGCCGCUGACAAAAACAUCUGGAUCAGCUCUGUGUUCCUGAAGGUGGCCAAUGAGACGCUGGCCUGCUCCACGGCCAUGAAGUACUACCCGGACCCCGAGUUCACCAGCUUCACCUCCACGAGGACCGGGGACGACGUCCGCAUCACCUUACAGAAAAAGGCGGACCGUCUGGAGAUGAGCCUGGCGGAGCUGUCGGUGUGGGGCGUGGAGGGGGGCCGGCGGUACCCCUGCAUCAUGGAGGCCAAAGAAAGCAGCAAUGAGACCGACUUCUUCAUCUGUGACAUUCAGCAGACGCCCAACGCCAAGUUCCACCACUUAAUGAUCCGGUACGGGGGCCAGACGGUGAGGCUGAGCGUCCGGCCCUCGCCGCAGCUCUACCUGCUGCUGGCCCUGCUGCUCGUGCCCUGCAUCGCUGUUGCCGCCGCGGUGUUCUACCGGCGGCAGCAGAAGAAGCUCACGGCCAAGAUGAACCGGCGCAUGGAAGAGCUGGAGCUGGACAUCCGGAACGACAUCAGACAAGGCUUCGUGGAGCUGCAGACGGAGCGGGUCGACCUGAUGGAGGUUGUGGGUGCGAUUCCCUUCCUGGACUACAAGCACUUUGCCUCCAGGAUCUUUUUCCCGGAGAGGGAGGCGCUGACGGCGUUGUGCGUGGAAGACGUCGGUCAGGACGGCGUGAAGACCCGGCUGGACCCGAGCUGCCAGAGCCUGACCCGGCUGCUCCAGGAUCAACUGUUCCUCACCUGCAUGGUGCACGCCCUGGAGGAGCAGAGCAGCUUCAGCAUCAGGGACAAGUGUGCGCUGGCUUCCUUGCUGACCGUGGCGCUGCACAACCACCUGUGGUACCUGACGGAGGUGAUGGAGGCGCUGCUCCGGGCCCUGGCCCUGCGGAGCGGCGCCGCUCAGCCCAAGCUGCUGCUGCGCCGCACCGAGUCCACGGUGGAGAAGCUGCUGACCAACUGGAUGUCCGUGUGUCUGUACGGCUUCCUGAGGGAGCGGGCGGGGCAGCAGCUGUUCCUCAUGGUCGGCGCCCUCACGCAAAGGACGGCUCAGGGGCCCGUGGACCGCGUCACGGAGAAGGCUCAGUACACGCUGAGCGAGGACUGGCUGCUGUGGCAGGCGCAGGACUUCAAGGCCCUGAAGCUGAAGGUGCUGUUUGCAGCGGGCGGCGACGGAGAGGUCAGCGAGCCCCUGGAGGUCAGCGCCCUCAGCUGUGACUCGGUGGAGCAGCUGAAGGAGAAGAUCCUCUCCACCUUCAGGGCCAAGUUCGGGUUCCCCUACAGCCGCCGGCUCGGGGACGUCAGCGUCGAGUUUCAGAGCGGCGGGUCGUUCGUGGCUCUUGAGGAAGUGGACGCGACCUCCGAGGUCAUCGGGGAGGUCACGAUGCUCAACACGCUGAAGCACUACGAGGUUCCUGAUGGAGCGACAGUCAAAGUGCUCCACAGGAGGAGUCCUCCUCCCCUGAGCCAGCAGGGCAGCCUGAAGGACGACGAGAACUUCUCCGGAAAAUACUUCCACUUGAUUGAUCCUGAUGUGGAUCAGAACCAAAGAAAGAACCCCGAGAGGAAGAAGUUAAAGAUGAAGGAGGUGCACCUCACCAAGCUGCUCUCCACCAAGGUGGCGGUGCAUUCCUACGUGGAGAACCUGUUCCGGUCCAUCUGGGGGACGCCGCACGGCAGAGCGCCGCACGCCGUCAAGUACUUCUUUGACUUCCUGGACGGUCUGGCCGACGACAUGAAGAUCACCGACCCGGACGUGCUGCACAUCUGGAAGACCAACAGCUUGCCGCUGCGCUUCUGGGUCAACAUCCUGAAGAACCCCCAGUUUGUGUUCGACAUGGAGAAGUCGCCCCAGCUGGACAGCUGCCUCACGGUCAUCGCUCAGGCCUUCAUGGACUCCUUCUCCCUCAGCGAGACGCAGCUCGGGAAGCAUUCACCGACCAACAAGCUGCUCUACGCCAAGGACAUCCCUCAGUUCAGACAGGAAGUGAAGGCCUACUACAAGCAGAUCAGGGACCAGCCACCAAUCACAGAGGCCGAAUUCAAGGAGUUCCUGCAGGACGAGUCCAAGGUGAAGGCCGGUUCUGGAGAACCGCUUGUUUGUUUGUUUGUUUGUUUGAACGUGAAGCCGAGCCGUGACAGAGCGUCUCCGUUUCAGAAACACGAGAACGAGUUCAACGAGCCGGCGGCGCUCAGAGAGCUCUACCGCUUCAUCCAGCGCUACUUCACCGAGAUCAAAGACAAGCUGGACCAGAGCGGCGCCCCCAUCGAGCUGACGGAGCAACUCCAUCACGUGAAGCACCUGUUUGAUGGGCUGAAGAGCUGCUCCUGGGACUGAGGAGGGUGGAGUCUCUCUGAAGGAGGAGGAGCGACUCCACAGACGUCAGGAGGACAGACUCGCUUUACAUAACAGACUGAUGAUGAUAAUAAUAAUAAUAGUAUAGCGUUU